CUUCACUGAACUCUUCAGAAGCUGACAUCGACCUGCACGCCAACAGAUUGAUCACCAAACGGUGGUUUUACCGGCAAUAUUUUCAGGUCACGUUGAUACAAUGAGAUAUAACUCAAAGGAGUCGAAAGAAUUUUUGUGAUGAGGGCUUGGCUGGGCAGGCAGCAUUUAUUACCCAUCCCUAAUUGCCCAGAGGGAAAUUGGGAGCCAACCAAAAUGCUGUAGGUCUGGAGUCACAUGUAGGUCUGACCAGCAGCAUGACCAGAAUUGUACACAAUACUCCAGAAGAGGCAUCACCAACAUCCUGUAUAACGUCAACAUGAUGUUCCAACUCCUAUACUCAAAUAGAAAUUCCUCGCAGCGUUCACUAGAAGGCAGCAGAGACAACACCAGCGUGGUAACCAUAGAGAUUCUGAAACAUAUCACCUGGCAACGCAUUGUACCUCUAUAAACAAAUCUCGACGCAACUGCGCGAACUCGGGGAGAUUUUUGCCCUUAGAACCCAGCCGAAGCGGCCACCUCGCUGAAAAAAAAAUGCCUGAAACCAGAAACCCAUUCCCUUUUCCAAGAUAUGAAAAUGAUGAUGAUUUCAGAGGUCAGAGAAAGGAUACACAGGUUCCUCAGAAUCUCAAACCAACUCAUUUAGCACAACAGGAGGAUCCAUGGAAUCGACUCAAUGCAGCAGUGACUGUGGCAAGUGCAAGCAAAGGAAUUUUCCUCUGUAAUCCCAAGGCACCGAAAGACAGUCUGGAUCUCCACCUUAAUUCUGUUUAUAAUCAUUCAGAGGAUUUUUUGAAACAUAAGAAUGAGAUACUUCUUCAAAAAGCAACCUGUGAACCUCAGAGGGGCUGUUGGUUGGGCAUGGAUGACCAACUUCCAGAAGACAUUUUUCGUCGGAAAAUGGCAAAGGAUGCAGUGCAGAAAGAUAUUUGUGACUGUGCACCUGAAGAACCAGACACCACAGCUAACUACUUAUGUGAAAGACCUCCACCGAGACAUUGGAUGUCGCCGGCAAAAUUAUCCAUUCAUAGCAUUGAGGGAGCAAUAAGAAGCCAACAUUCAGCUGCUACCAACCGAGGAUAUUCUAGAAAAUUCGACGGAGGCUUCUUUAUAAACUGAAUUAAUAGAUAUUUCUCCAUUAAGAUUCUGAUUGACUGUUUGUUUUCCUUCUUCAACAACACCCUGAGAGAUAAGGAUGACACAACAGCAAUAUUGUGAAAUAUCACCUAAAAUAAGGUCUUUUUAAGAAACAGAAUUAAAUAAUUGCAAUAAGAAA